UCCAAGAUGGCGGACGCGUCUGGUUUUCUUUCUUGGUUCAUCAGUUUUCGUAAUCCAAUCGAAAUAUGGAAGAACGAACCAACCUUUUUACUCUGCGAGAUUGUUUAUCUCUUAAUGGCGGCUAUGACGCUUAAACAUGCUGUACGUCAUGGUGGGUGCAAUAUCCUUCUGUGGCUUGCUAUAUGUCUUCAUGGCUUGACGACUGAGUGUGUGUCCUACUUCGUGCCUGAUGUCGACAACUUUUGGCAUGCACAGUCCACUGUGAUUCUUGUAGAAAAGAGGCUUCCAUUACAUAUCUUCUUUUUCUAUCCAGCAACACUUUACACUGCAUCUAUUGCUGUAUCAAAACUCAAACUCCCAUUCAGUGCAGAACCAUUUGCAGUUGGGUUGGCUGAUGUUCUGUUAGAUUUUCCCUUCGACAUCAUGGGUAUCAAGCUGUUAUGGUGGACUUGGCAUGAUACAGAUCCAAACAUCUUUGAUCGCCAUUACUGGGUUCCUUGGACCAGCUAUAUCUUUCAUAUGUCAUUUGCAUCAAGCGUUGCAUUCAUUUUCCAUGGGAUGAGAAGGCUGUUGAUUGGUGCAGAAAAAUACCAGCCCUCAAACAGCUGGUUCAAGGAAGUGGUGUGUGUGAUACUUACUGGUUUGUUCUCGAUGCCCCUCGGUGUGAUCCAGUUCAUAUUCUUCUACCACAUUCCUCAUGAUGUUUAUGGUAUCCACACAGAGGUGGUGGUAUGUGCUAUGAUAAUGGUGUAUGGUCUGAUUGUGUGGAGAUCUGAUAGGAACCCUGAUCUAAAUAGCAGGGGUGAUAGCAUGUCUGCAUAUGAUGUGUCAAAGAAGAAAAUAGGUCAAAGUAAAGAAAAGAGAGUUUUUGAUGAGAUUAGCUUCAAUGUUAUCCUACACUUCUUGUUCUACUUACUAUUAGUUGUAUUUGCCAAGCCAGAGAACAUGAAGUCCACAGGACUGCACCAAGAGAUUGGUAACUGUACCCAGAAGACUCCAGUCCACACUCCACUUGGACAGGUAUUAUACAAGAAAACCUACUUGUGUUCCAGUGAAUAUGAUGAAGGCUACUUUGACUGGCACUGCACACCUGAUGGACAACCUCCAGUGUCUGGCAGUAAAUGGUACACCCUCUGUGGUCUACCCUACCCAAACCACGCAGAAUAUAUUUUCGUAGUUAGUGCCUUCUGUAUAUUAGGGUUUACUAUCUAUUACCAAAUGUUGUGGUGCUCAGCUCGAUAUGUUGCAUCAGGGAAAAAGAAAGUUAAAGACAGUUAACAAUGAUAACAAUUCACUUGAGUGUAAGCAACAAACCUACGAAAAGUAUGUACUAAACAACAAGCGUACAGUGGUUUUACUAAACCGAGUACAAAAUAGCACCAAUGAAGGCAAUUAAAGGGAAAAAAGAAAUAAAUGUGUUUAGUGCUAUCUAGUUUUUGUACCCGGUUUUUGUACUAUUUCACGGAUAUUUGGUUUGCACUCUAGUUAAGUAGUAAACUAAUUAGAGCUUAGUAGAUCUCAUAUCCAUUGUUUUCUUUCGUAUCUAUUUCGUUGUUACAAGUAAUUUUUGUGUCCCGAAUUUUAAUCUUAAUUUAAUACAAUUCUCUUUGAUAGGUUUAUUGUAUUUAAUCUAAAACCAGGCAUUCCUCGGUAACCCAGUGGUAAAAUUCUGUCGCUUGUUUCACCUUCCGGAACAAGCUCUACUAGACUUGAGGUACUUGGACUGUUUCAGAGUGGGAAAAAAAUCUUCAAUUUUUGGUCAAUCCCUAACUGCUACUGUAAUAGUUAAAUACGUUUUUUAUGGAUUUGUAAAAGUCCAUACUUCAGAAUAAAAAAGCCAAAAAACUUCGUAUCUAUGGAAGCCAUUUUGAUUGAAAUAUGAGAGAAAUUAAUACGACUUGACCUUUCUGGGUACGGAGUGUUGACAAACACGACUAGCGUUUCGGAGAUCACGCGACACGAA